AUGGAUCCCAAUUCUGGAGAGUGGAAUGCCUCUGAGAUCAUGAUGGCGAAAGACCUCAUAGCUAGCCACAACUCCAACAACAAUUAUGCCUACAAGAUGUACAAGAAGCACACUGACAUUGUGGAUGUUCUCCAAGCAAGGUUUCCUACAAAGGGAAAGCAUUAG